CGUUGGUUCUCAUUUCAAACAGCACAUCUUGCCUAUGGUAUAGCGGUAGUUCGUCUUGUUAGUAUAGAUAGGGAACACCGAUUAUUCAUUACUUACCUCUGAUCAUCGAUCGCGUGCUGUAGCAACCACAGCAUCAUGUCAGACUCAGCUCCACCGGCGAAGCGCCAGAAACGUGAUCAUCUGCCAGACAGAGUUGCAAUGUCCGACGACCUUCCAGAUGUUGGUGGUGAACUUGUUCAGGUUCUCGUUGGGGAUUCCGGAUACGGGUCCUCGACAAGCGACGAGGACGAUGAUGAGGAUGAGGAUGAGAACGAGGAAGAAGAAGAGGACGACGAGGAGUAUCUCGGCGAGGAAGAAGAUGACACUGCAGAAAUAAAUGCAGACUUGGCCGACCUGGCCGACUUGAGAAGAGAAGAGCAAGAACAAGAGGGACAAGAAGACAAAACGGAUAACCAGGUAGAGAACAUGAACGAGGAAAAAGAAGAUGAGGCCUUGAGUGAGAGCAAUGACAACGACGAGAGCGGGGACGAGAGUGAGGAUAACGUCCAGGUCGAGCGGUUCAAAAACGAGCAACUCUUUCACAUCCACAAGUCCGUCCUCUGCAAGACCUCAGCCUUCUUCCAAUCAAUUUUGGAAUCAGCUUGGACGGGACUAGAUUACAAGCCUAUCGAUCUCACCGACGAGAAGCCCGAAGUCUUCCAGAUGUACCUGCAAUGGCUUUACAGUGGAAAGGUAGCCGUGAAGCUCGAAGCGAACCUAUAUUCCUACAUGGUCAGGGUAAACGACGAGGUCAUUUGCUGGGCGUCUCUGCUCGACUCGUACAUACUCGGCGAACAAUUACAAGACACAACAUACCAAAAUGCCGUCAUGCAAGCCAUGAUAGAUUGUGUGGAAAACGGCGAAGUUCUUCCUAGUGUCAAGGCCAUUGGUGAUAUGUAUAGAGGCACCUCUGCAUCAUCGCCCGUCCGGAAGCUUGUCGUGGAUUUCCUCGUACAUCGCAACCAAACGCACUGGCCUAUAACGUUUGUUGUAGAACUAGGCGACGCGAGGUUCGCAGAUGACCUCGUAGCCGCAGUGUUCAAGCAGCGCCUCCCACCUCCAGAGUCGAAGGACUGCCCUCCAUGAGUCAAGAAUCGGGUAAGUUAGCACGUGGAGAGUCCCGAUGACUCUCAAGACGCGGCCACAUGAACAUGUGUCACACAAGAGGGACUUCGAAGUAAAAUCAGAUUGCUUUCUUGCUUUGCAACCAGACUAUCAACAUGACAACGAUUGAGAAACUUGGCUAGCACAUUCACGCUCCUGUUCUCCAGUCGUGUGUGGUCAUGCCAUCUCUGCACUGUGUAACAAUACCAGCUGUUCCACCCUAUGUCAAGUCUCGCUAUUGCAACCUCAAUCAGAGAUCGCAAGACUCCCUCCUUCAUUAUCUCACCCCCCUCUAUCAACUCACAGUAGUUACAGCGGGACGUCUAACCCAGGACCGAGACUCAAGAAUCAGGAUCCAGGGCUUACCCUUGAAUUAAACCCAAUUAAUCUCGUAUCGUAUCGGUCAAUAUACACCAGACAAGGCGAGUUAAGCCACACACAAACAAAUAGCCUAGCUGCCCUAUCAUAGUC